AUACAUACAUUAGGCUUGGGCGAGACCGCCCCCGUCGGUUUCUCAUCGACAUUGUGUUGCCACGGUCGCUAUUUCUCCACGAACGACACGAUGACCACAAACGGCGACCAGCCGCACCGUCUACCUCGCCUCAUCGUCAUCAAACGCGGCUCGGCGGGAUUCGGAUUUCAUCUGCACUGCGAGAAAAGUCGCAAAGGGCAGUUCGUACGCUCCGUCGACGAGGCAGGCAACGCGCAGCGUGCAGGACUACUUCCCGGCGAUCGCGUCGUGGAGGUGAAUGGCAUGAACAUCGACGGUUUCUCUCAUCAAGACGUGGUGGCGGAAAUUCGAUCCGGAGAAGUGUCUACGACGUUACUGGUCGUCGACGAAGAGGCCGACAAGUGGUAUCGACAGCAUAGCGUCGCAGUCACCGUCCAAGAGGCGGAAAGAAAAGAGAUUUCGAGGGACACUAGAGGCGCCGAACGUCACGUGACUAAGGGAGCUCCUGCGGUUGGUCGGAAUGUUGCUGUUUCUUCCUCGAUCGACGACGGACCGUCGCCGGAAUCGAGCGCGACCGUUAGAAUGUCGAUGGCCGCGGCGCUGCCGCAGGGAAAGAAGAGGAAAGGCGUUCACCAGAAGGGAGGAUGGGCGGCUCGGGCUGCAGCAUUUGACCAGCUGUGAAAAAGGGGUGGGCGGGGCAUUGAUGGUUAUUUAGAGGGUGCAAGGCGCUUAGGCUGACGAGUGUAAUAUGCUUGUGCGGUUUGUUUCGAUGCGCGUGCGGUGUUUUUUUGUAAAUUUUGUAGAGAUCGAGGAUAUCGUGAUGUGAUACUGGUAUGAUAACAAUUCGCACGUGAGAG